AUGGUGAGCAAGGAGGACACCCAAUGCUACGUGGUGUCGUAUUCAGAUGAGUCCGAUUGCGAGACAGCCCAGUCGCACAGCUUCAACGCAGAGUCCGGAACCGAAUCUGGCAAAGGACAGACUAAAGCAUUGCUACACCACACAGACGACAGCAGCGACACCGAGGAUCUCCUUUCUAGUGCCAACUGCCUGGAUGGCCCAUCGUGUCCGGAAUCUUCACAAUUUCCGGAGGAGAGCCAUCCACGCAGCCCGCCAUCUAAAACCCAAUCGGAAAGCCACGUUCCAACGACAACAAGAGCCAAACACAAAGGCAAGGACGAUACGGAUGCUGGUUCUUUGUCCACCAAGCGUCAACUUGCUUCCGACAGCAAGAUCAAGGGUUCUGGACCUGUUGCGUGGAAUUCCUUGACACAUGUGGAAUCUUUAGGAAGCCCGUCUGUGAGCUGCAAGAGGAAAAAGAGCGGACAGCUAAGCGAACAGCAUUCUCAGACACUUCCGCACAGUGGCAAGUGUUCUGUGCAAUCGCAGGGGAAUUACAGGACACGGCACUCUUCGGCAUCCUCUAAACUGCAGCAGACAGGACAGGGCGGAGGCACAGGGUUUCCUCCGGCAGAGAGAGGGGCGGCCCGUGGGGAGACUUCUGGGACGGCGAGCGGGGACAGUGAAAUCAAAGCACAGCUGCAGGCCAUGGAGACGCUCAUCAACUCGAGCCAGGAGACCAUCAAGGUGCUGCUGGGAGUCAUCCAGGAGCUGGAGAAGGGAGAGGCGCAAAGAGAGGGCUUGACCUACAGAACUGGACAGGACACGGCUAACUGUGACACCUGCCGGAACAGCGCGUGCAUUAUCUACAGUGUGGAGCUGGACUUCAAGCUGCAGGAGGACAAGCUGCAGCCGCUGAUGAAGCGACUGUGCCCCAUGGAGCAGCAGUGUCCUGCCCUGCCCUACCCCAACGAAGUGUUCACCUCCACCCCCAAGAGGAAGUCCAAGUCCGAGGCCAAGAAGCAUGCUCGCUGGAAACUGUGGUUCCUUUGA